CGGUGGGAAAUCGGUCUUUUCCUCGGACUCUGGGGGCACUUUUAUCAAGUGCUGGGUGAUAUACGUUGGGGAGAUCUAGAGCUGCAUUGAUGUGUCACAUUUUCCCAGGAUUGUCAUUCAAUUGCGAACGCUCGCAUGAUGUGAAACCGUUACUUUGUGACGAUGAUCGAUCAGGUGAAAUAGUGAUUCAAGCCAAAGGGGAUGGUUCCUGGCGUCAAGCAACAAGCGAGGCUUGUGCCAAGAAGGGGGAAGAUCAAGAAUUGAAAGCGGGGUUUAAUUUCUCGUUUUUGGGGGGUCUUGUGUGCCGAAGACACCGAAAUCAAACUGUUUUCCUGUGAGAGAAAGGCGUUAUCCACCCCAAAGCGUCCGGACUGUGUGAUAAAUCAACAACAUAGUAGAGUGACAAGGCACAGGUUGAGUCAAAGGAGUUUAUCGGAGUGCGGUUGGAAGAGGAACACUGAUCAAGACAACAGCACAGCAGCAUAUGUUUUCAUGUCUCCUCUCAACACACCUGUAAAGGUUUCCACUUCCUGUGACACCAUCACACCAUGCCUGAGGGGGCGGGCCGAGGCAGCCAGAGAAAGCCCAGCAACCAAGCUGCCAAGCGCCCCUCCUCCGUGUCCUCCUUGAGCAGCAUUGUGGGUAGGAUGGCUUCGUCGGAGAGCGCCUGCCGUGGGAGCUGCACCUCGGUCAACACGGUGUGCUCGGACAGCGACCGCACGGCCAGCCUCAGCUCCUCUGCCUCCUCUGCCUCCCUACAGGACGUACACUCUUCCUCCUCCUCCUCGCUGCCCUACGGGGCCGUGCCUGCCUACCCCUCCUCGCCGCAGCGCAAUGGCUCCGACAUCAGCCUGGACCUAACCCCUCUCUCCCUGCUCCCAGCGGGGGUAAGCCCUGCCACUGCCGCGUCCCCGCCCAAGCUGUCUCGCUUGGAGAGGGUGGCGCUGGAGAUAGUGGAGACGGAGCAGGCGUAUGUGAGAGACCUGAAGAGCAUUGUAGAGGACUACCUGGGUUGCAUCAUUGACUGUGGGGGCCUGCCACUCAAGCCGGAAGAAGUCAGCACUCUGUUCUGCAACAUUGAGGACAUCUAUGAGUUCAACAGUGAGCUUCUGGAGGACCUGGAGAGGAGUCCUCAUGCGGCUGCCAUCGCCGAGUGCUUCGUUGAGAGGAGCGAAGCCUUCGACAUAUAUACCCUCUACUGUAUGAACUACCCCAACUCGGUGGCUGUUCUGAGGGACUGCAUGAAGAACAAGAGCCUGGUGGGCUUCUUCCAGGAGAGGCAGACCAUCCUGUGCCACUCCCUGCCCCUGGAGACCUACCUUCUGAAGCCAGUGCAGAGGAUCCUCAAGUACCACCUCCUGUUGCAGGAGCUGGCCAAACACUUUGAUAAAAGUGACCCUGGCUACGAGGUGGUGGAGGAUGCCAUCAUCACCAUGACAGCUGUGGCCUGGUACAUCAACGACAUGAAGAGGAAGCAGGAGCACGCCGUCAGGCUGCAGGAGAUUGAGAGCUUGUUGACCAACUGGACAGGUCCAGACCUGAAUGGCUUUGGGGAGCUGGUGUUGGAGGGCUCCUUCAGGGUUCAACGGGUCAAGAAGGAGAGGGCAUUCUUCCUCUUCGACAAGAUGCUGCUUAUCGCUAAAAAGAGGCUGGAGCUUUUCAUCUACAGCACCCAUAUAUUUUGCUGUAAUCUACUUCUGGUAGAAACCAUGAAGGAUCCCCUGUGUUUUAAGGUGUCCGAUCAGACCAUCCCCAAACAGCAGCACAUUGUCCAGACCAAAAACCAGGAGGAGAAACGCCUUUGGCUGCACUACCUCAAGAGACUGAUAGUGGAGAACCAUCUUGCCUCUCUACCCCAGAAGGCAAGGCAGGUACUCGGUGACAACUUCUGUCAAUCUCCUCAGUUUGAUCAGGAUCAUUUUAAAAAGUCAUCUCCAAGAUGCAAUGAAUACCAUCGAGGAAGACGCCAAUCAGAGCCCCCAGAGUUCAUCUACACCCCAGAGAAGGCCAAGAAGAGCCUUCCCCUGCUUCUGGAGGGGAACCUGUCCUACCGCCGCGGCAGGAGGCAGUCUGCUCCAACUAAAGACUUCGAAACAGCAUUUCAUGGUGAGAGUGGUGAGAAUGCUUCUUAAAGGAUUUUUGUUAUCUUGUUUCCUGGUAGUGCCUCGGUCAGUCGGGGCUGAAA